AUGCCGACCGCGCAAGCAAAACUCGGGGACCUUGUCAUCGCGGAGGCCGAGUCCUGGGAGGAAGUCGAAGGAAAUGUCUACUUCCCCCGCUCAGCAGUCCAGGACAAAGCAUCCUUCGUGAAAACAGACACAACAACAUUUUGCCCUUGGAAAGGGACCGCGAACUACUACACGAUUAAUACUGGUGAAACGACUGUUGAAGACGCCGCUUGGUACUAUGCAGAGCCGUAUGAGAAGGCGAAAAAUAUCAAGGACCACAUUGCUUUCUGUGAGUUCAGCAGCAUAACAGCGUCGAUUUUAGAUUAG